AUGCCUCGUCGCAAUAUUAGGUUUUCUCACCAAAAAGGUGAGCGGCGCGCGAGCGUGUCCUCCGAUGUCAGCGAUGCAACCUCGGAGCCCUCCAAUCCAAGCAACGGCCGCGUCUCGAAGCAGACCACAAUCCCGGAAGAGGAUAAACCCGCUCAAUCUGAAUAUGAGAAGAAGAAACAGACCUUCAUCACCCGAACGAUAUGGACCUUCGUGAUGAUUGCUGGCUUUUUCAUUGCGAUGUUCUCCGGGCACAUCUAUAUUAUCGGCGUUGUGACUGCCAUUCAGAUUGUUUCCUUCAAGGAAGUUAUUGCCAUCGCCAAUGUCCCCAGUAAGGAGAAGAACUUGCGCUUCACCAAAUCUCUGAACUGGUACUUCCUCGCGACGACCAUGUAUUUCCUGUACGGAGAGAGUGUCAUCUACUAUUUCAAGCACAUUCUGCUUGUGGAUAAAGUUCUUUUGCCUCUGGCAACUCACCACCGAUUCAUCAGUUUCACUCUCUACGUCAUGGGCUUUGUCUUCUUCGUUGGAUCGCUGCAGAAGGGACACUAUCGAUUCCAGUUCACUCAGUUCGCCUGGACACAUAUGGCGUUGUACCUCAUUGUCGUCCAAGCUCACUUCGUCAUGAACAACAUUUUCGAGGGCAUGAUCUGGUUCUUCCUCCCCGCCGCGCUGGUCAUCACCAAUGAUAUUUUCGCCUACGUCUGUGGUAUCACCUUCGGACGCACUCAGCUAAUUCAGUUGUCUCCCAAAAAGACCGUCGAGGGCUUCCUCGGCGCGUGGAUCUGCACCGUUAUCUUCGGAUUUUUCAUGACCAACAUGUUGAUGAAGUACAAGUACUUCAUCUGCCCGGUCAAUGAUCUGGGAGCGAAUGUCCUGACUGGCCUCGAAUGCGUGCCCAAUAAGGUGUUCAUUCCCCAGCCCUACUCCCUCGAUCUGAUCGGCCUGGACAAGACUUUCAUGAUUGCCCCUAUCCAAUUCCACAUCCUCUGCUUCGCUACGUUCGCCUCUCUUAUUGCUCCGUUCGGUGGAUUCUUCGCUUCUGGCUUGAAGCGUUCCUUCAAGAUCAAAGAUUUUGGCGAGUCGAUCCCUGGCCAUGGUGGCAUCACCGACCGCAUGGAUUGCCAGUUUAUUAUGGGCUUCUUCGCCUUCAUGUACUACCACAGCUUCAUUGCCGUGUCCAAGGCUACUGUGGGUGACGUGAUUGAGGUCGCCAUCAAUGGCCUGACCCCCGAGGAGCAGAUCGACGUUGUCCGCGGCCUCAGCAAGUACCUUGUCAAUCAAGGUGCUGCUGCGGAAUCACUCCUUGACUGCCUUGCUACCGAGCUUAAGCGCCGAUGA